CAAACGAUGCCCAUAACGUGCUCAAUUUGCCAGAAAGUAUGUGCAAAUCAACGUGGACUAAAUAUACAUAUUUCAAGAAAACACAGCAGGAUGGAAUCACUGAUCAUGGAGGGAAAGCCGACAAAGGUACCUCUGUCCAAGGCUAUUGUUCUGGAAUUACCGAAAAUCGCGAGUCCAAUUUCAAUGAAGAAAUUGAUGACACACAUCGCCAAAGACCAACAACUUUUGAUAGCAAGCAUCGCCGAGGACCAUCAACGAUAGAAGAAAAUGAAGAGAAACAUCGCCGAAGAACAUCAACUUUAGAAGAAAAUGAUGAAAAACAUCGUACUGAGAAAGCAACUCCUGCAACGUGCGGAAUUUGUCAGAGGGAAUUUAAAAAUGAACGCGGACUAAGCGUACAUAUGUCAAGAAAGCACAAGCAGGAAGAUAGGCAUGACCAUAAAGAACCUCGCCGAAUUACAACAACGAUAGAAGACAAUGAUAAUAAACAUCGACCAAGACCAUCAUCGAUAGAGGAAAAUGAUGAUAAAUAUCGCCAACGAAGAUCAUCUAUAGAAGAAAAUGAUGAUAACCUUCGCCGAAGACCAUCGUCGAUAGAAGAAAAUUAUAAUAAACAUCGCCGAAGAACAUCGUCGGUAGAAGAAAAUGAUGAUAAACUUCGCCGAAGAACAUCGUCGACUGGAGGGAAAGAUGAAUCCACAGAAAAAAGUGAUGGGAAACCAAGCCCUCGUUCUACAGUUGAAGAUGACAGAAAAUUUCCAAAAGUGAAACGUAUGCAUAAUGUCUGUUGUUCCCAUUGUGGCGACGCAGAUGGAGGCUGUACAAAAUCAAGACUUUUAGAAAACCACAUAUCAAUUACGUCACCGUCAAAUUCGAGUCUACCAUUUCAUGUGACAAACGUAACAAAGUACAUAGCAAUGCUCGAAGGAGAAAUUAAAAUUCGAAGAAAAGAUAACGCGUCGACAAGAAAAGGGGUCAACGAAUUCAUUGAAAGUUUAAAUAAAGCAAUGGACGGGAUUUCAAAUAUUCCCUUGAAGAUGCUCAAUUCUGGUUCUUACUAUGACAAAACAUCGAUUGAGUACGACGACGAAUUUGAUUUUAUGGUCUGUCCAAGCGGAAAGUUUGAGGCAGUUUUCAAAAAUUGUCCUCCUGGAUUUUGUAAGCUAAGGAAAGGUCGAACAACCAUUGACGACCUGGAUCAGGCUUUAAAUAAAGAUGGAUAUCUCGUUCCCGAAAUCUUUAAACAAAAAAUGUUCAGCAUUUUUGAGGAUUGUAUAACAAGUCCUGGUUUUAGACAAGGAAUAAGAAUAAAAAGAAUGCCACGUAAACCAGAGAGUCCGGCUUUCACACUCCAAUUUGACCUGGGCUCAGGAAUACCAACAGUAGAUAUUGACUUGGUGCCUGCUAUAAAAAUAGACUCCUGGCCUUCCACUGGGAGGAAAAUAUGUCCAGAAUGGAUAGGAACUGAUAAUGUGCAAAAAGCAAUGAAAUGUUUUCAUGUGGUCACAAAGACCUACCCAGGAGAUCACCCGGAUGCAGACAUUCUGUGGAGGAUCUCAUUUUCUCACGCGGAGAAAAAACUUAUUCUUCAUGCUAACCAAAAGGACAAAGGGUGCCGAAAGGACAUUUUAAAACUCCUGAAAAAAAUCAAAGAAAUUAUCAAGGUUCAAAAUCCCCAUCAAACGGAUAAAUUUUGUUCGUAUCAUUUAAAAAUGUUUAUGCUUGAAUUUUAUGACAGACAUAAAGACUUCUGCCAAGAAAAGAAAGAAAGUUUGUUCAAGCAGAGUGUUAAAGAACUUAUGAAAUGUUUUAGUAAUGGAGAAAUCAGAAAUUAUUUUAUUCCGGAAGAUAAUAUUCUACGCUUUGUUUCAGACAAUGAAAAAUCACUUGUUACUCAAGAACUACGUAAAAUACAAGAAAAAUUUUAAUUGUACGUAUUUUAAAUAUGUCUCCCAUAUCUUAAUUUCU